CUUAACCACAACAACAACAUUAAUAACAACACAGAAUGUUCUUGCUUCCUCGCUAUUUAUUACUCAGCUUUAACGACCUGAAAUAAACAGUUUAUGAGAUUUAUUCUUGACCUGCCGCUGAACCAGCUCACCAGAGGAUUUACCCCUGUACUGCUGAUAGUGUAAUGAAGCUUGUGUAAGUGGCAUAAACACUGCAAUAUACAGUGGACCCCCGCAUAACGAUCACCUCCGAAUGCGACCAAUUAUGUAAGUGUAUUUAUGUAAGUGUGUUUGUACGUGUAUGUUUGGGGGUCUGAAAUGGACUAAUCUACUUCACAAUAUUCCUUAUGGGAACAAAUUCGGUCAGUACUGGCACUGAACAUACUUCUGGAGUGAAAAAAUAUCGUUAACCGGGGGUCCACUGUACUUAGGAAGAGCACUAUGUACCAACAGUGCAAUAAUACAUGUGAUGUUACUUAUGUUAUUUGAGUUCUAGUUUCUCACAAUUAUAUUCCUGACUUUUACCAGUCAUUGUAUUAUACUGUGGCUGAAACUCAUUAAAGCUUAGUUUUGAGGGAAUAAUUAUAUUUAUCAUGCUGUGUUGUAUGAUAAAUAUAAUUUAAUUUAUUUAAAUGUUUACUCAAUACUAAAAAAAACAUUCUUUGCACUUGUUGUUAGUAAACUUCAUAAUGUAGGUUAUUGAUAAAAUAACUUAACAUAAGAAUUAUUUAAACUGCUGCAGAGAAAAAACUUUUUUGUGAGUCAAAUUUAUUUUUACAUCGUGAAUGCAUGACUAUUGAAGUCUGAGUACCUUCACGUGAAUACGAUAAAAUCACCGUAUAUCAAUGUUCUAUACAUUUUUCAGAACUUUUGAGAAAGCUUUAAGAACUUACAUCUAAUUUUUUAUAUUUUCCUGGCAUGGUAUAACACAUACAGGUUUAGGGCUUCCACUUGUUCAUAAUAUAAAAAUACAGUAUUAUAGAAAUAUAGUAAUUUUAAUUUUAAUUAAAAAAUAUAGUAAUUUUAUAUUUAGUUAGGUAUUCAGUAUGUCUGAAACACUUGAAAAAGAAUCCGUUCAAGCGACACAAACUAUAGAUCACAAAGAAGAAAAACUAACUCAGUAUUCAGAAUGCUUUAAAGAUGUUUCACACAUGUCUCAGCUUAUAUCAUACACUAGAAUUAUUACAAGUGAAAAAACAUUUCAGUGUUCAGUAUGUCUCAAAGACUUUCCAGAUAAAUCAAAUUUAAUAAAUCACAAAAGAGCUCAUGAUGAAGAGAGUCCAUAUCAAUGUUCAGUGUGUCUGAAAGACUUUUCCAAAAAAUCUUAUUUAGCAAGGCACAAGAAAAUUCAUUCUGGAGAAAGACCAUAUCAGUGUUCACUGUGUCUAAAAGCCUUCUCCAAGAAUUCUCAUUUAGUAAGACACAAGAGAAUUCAUACUGGAGAGAAACCAUAUAAGUGUUCAGUGUGUCUAAAAGACUUUAUUCAAAAAGCAAAUUUAAUAAGACACGAGAUAAUUCAUAGUGGAGAGAAACCAUAUCAGUGUUCAGUGUGUCUAAAAGGAUUUUCAGAAAACUCUCGUUUAGAAAGACACAAGAGAAUUCAUACUGGGGAGAGACCAUAUCAGUGUUCAAUGUGUCUUAAAGACUUUGUCCAGAAAGAGAAUUUAAUAAGACACGAGAUAAUUCAUACUGGAGAGAGACCAUAUCAGUGUUCAGUGUGUCUAAAAGGAUUUUCAGAAAAGAAUGUUUUAUUAAAACAUGAGAAAAUUCAUACUGGAGAGAAACCAUAUCAGUGUUCAGUGUGUCUAAAAACCUUUUCCCAAAAGUCUCAUUUAGUAUCACAUGAGAAAAUUCAUACUGGAGAGAAACCACAUCAAUGUUCAGUGUGUCUAAAAGAUUUUUUAACAAAGUCUAAUUUAGUAUCACAUAAGAGAAUUCAUUCUAAAAAGAAACCAUUUCAAUGUUUAGAGUGUCUAAAAAUUUUUUCACAAAAUGCAGGUUUAAUCAACCAUUUAAGAAUUCAUACUGGAGAGAAACCAUAUCAGUGUUCAGAGUGUUUAAAAAAUUUUUCAACGAAAGCUAAUCUAAGAUGUCACAUAAGAACUCACACUGGAGAGAAACGUUAUCAGUGUUCGGUGUGUCUCAAAAAAUUCUCUGAAAAGCCUCUUUUAAUAAAGCAUGAGAGAAUUCAUACUGGAGAGAAACCUUAUCAAUGUUCAAUAUGCCUAAAAGCCUUUGCCCAAAAGUCUACUUUAGUAUCGCAUGAGAGAAUUCACACUGGAGAGAAACCAUAUCAGUGCUUAGUGUGUCUAAAAGGUUUUCAUCAAAAGUCUCAGUUAGUAUCACACGAGAGAAUUCAUACUGGAGAAAAACCAUAUCAGUGUUCAGUCUGUCUAAAAUACUUUUCCCAUAAGGUUAAUUUAACAUCACACAAGAAAAUUCACACUAGAGAGAAACAAUUUUAGAGUCUAAAAGACUUAUAACAGAGUGUACCUGGAGAGGGUUGCAGGGGCCAAUGCCCCUGCAACCUGAUCUGAGACCAGGCCUCAUGGUGAUUAGAAGACAUUAUAAUGUCUGAUCUAGUAAUUUGUUUUAAUAUUUCCUAUGGGAAAAUUGUAUCAGUGCUCCAAGUGUAUAAAAGUCCAUUUAUGUAAAUGAAAUUAGUGCAUAUGAGAUUAUUUGUAAAAGAAACCAUAUCUCAGUGUCACUAAACUUUUCUGAAAAUUGUACUCAUAAGUUAUAUAUGAUGGAUGGAUGGAUCUGUGUCCAGUGUCUAAUAUUUUUCAUUCUGGAGCACUGAUAAAUUUAUUCCAUAAAAAUUAUAAUGCUAAUUAUGAAGCUGAUUUGUUGCUCCAUCAAAAAAAGAAGUUUUGACAUUAAGUUUUAAGUAGAACUAUGUUGAACAUUACAGUAUAUGGUACUAAGAUGCAUGUUGAACAUUACAGUAUGAGGUACUAAGAUGCAUGUUGAACAUUACAGUAUGAGGUACUAAGAUGCAUGUUGAACAUUAUGGUAUGUGGUACUAAGAUGCAUGUUGAACAUUACUGUACGUUGUACUAAGAUGCAUGUUGAACAUUACAGUAUAUGAUACUAAGGAGCACGUUUUAAGAUUAUUGUAGAUUAAUUUAUUUAUUGCUUUGGCUUCAUGUGUUUACCUGGAGUUUACCUGGAGAGAGUUCCUGGGGUCAACGCCCCCGCGGCCCGGUCUGUGACCAGGCUACUGAUAAAAGAACAGUUUUGUUCACAAAAUGGACAGGGAUACAUUACACUUAACUAUUAUGACUGUUCAUGUAUUUUUGAAGUAGGUAUCCAAAAGUAGAAAAAUACUCUUAAAUAUAACUUAAUCCAAGAAAGUGUGCAUGAAAGUACAGAGCAGUUUUUAAAUUUUCUGUGGUUACUUCCACACAAAUUUUGCUGAGAAUAAGACAAAGCUUUGGAGUGAGAUUAGUUGGUUAAGUCUAGGGUAUAAAUGGACUUGAUAGCAGAUACGAAAGUGUAGAUACUGGGAAGAAAGAUAAAAUACUAUUUUAAGAAGCUGUUAAAUGUUGAAGGGGAAACAGUGAUUUCAUGCAUUUGUCAGAGGUAUAGAAUCAUCUGAGAUGACGCUGGUGGGGAUAUACUUAGUUUGUGGUGGUUGGUGUAUUUGUUUAAUAUAUGCAUAAAAGAAAAGAGGGUACAUAAGGAUUCAAAAAGCAUGCAUAGUUUUAUUGUAGAAGGGAAACUGGGACAAGAGAGAGAGUGUAAAAAUUAAUAGGGGAAUAAAUCUGUUGAGUACAUCAGAUAAAAUGUAUGGUAGAAUCAUUAUUGAUAGUUAAAGACAAGACAGACAGUAGGUGACGAAGACGCAUACAACGCUAGGUAUGUGUAUUGUUGAAAUGUUUCAUUGUGUAGUAGGAUUCAUCAGUCGAAUACCGAAUUGAAUAGAGAGAGAGUUUUCAGGUACUGAUUAUCUUAAAACUCUCCACUUUUACUGUUUGUUGUGUUGUUAUCACUGUAUUGGAUGAUGAUGCCUGCUGUGCAGGCAAAAUGUUUCAACAAUAAACAUAUCUAUCAUUGUAUGUGUACUCGGCAACUUUUCAGUAUCGUAUCAUAGGUUUUUUU